AUGGCCCCACGGAACACUCGCUACUGGCGCAGCUUCCUCCACAAUCUGCUGUGUCCUCCCGAUGUCUCCAGCUCCGAAACAUCAUACGACGGCGUGUGUUUCUUCACACUCUCGGGUCGGGUUGAGUACCGCGACGGCUGCUUCCAAGCCUCCUUAACGCCCGCACUGAGACUAAGUGGCUGUGUCUUCCACAUUGUCUCCGCCACUUUUUCGAGCAUACGCGCUGUGGCGAGCGGCAAAUACUGCGGUCUUAUAGUAGAGAAGCUCCCCUUCGGCGUUCUGGUCGUGGGCUUCUCGUCGCCUCUGAGGCUUGAGGCGAUCUUCGGCCGCAUCCAUCACGCAUGUACAGCCCUACGACGCUGA